AUGAAACAGCCACUCGGGUAUGAAGAUCUGGCCCAUCCUGACCACGUUUGUCUCUUGCAACGGUCGCUCUAUGGCCUUAAACAAGCUCCGAGGGAAUGGUUCAAGCGGCUUCACGACUUCUUAUUGUCUGCCGGUUUUUCCUCGUCAAAAACAGAUGUCUCUCUGUUUUACUACAUCUCCAUUGGGUCUCAGGUAUUCCUACUAGUCUAUGUUGAUGACAUCAUCAUGAUGGGCAUCGACGCCGCCCUUGUCAGCACUUUACUUGGUUGCCUUGCUUCUGCCCCUUCAAAAUCCGUGAUCUUGCGUCGCUACAUGACUGACUUGUUGAAUAGGGCUGGAAUGGUUGAUUGCAAGUCCCUCGCUACACCUGCUUUGGUCUCUCAGUCGGUGACUCCGUCCGAUAAGCCUUUUGAGAAUCCUACUCAGUAUCGCCGUAUUGUUGGUGCGUUGCAGUAUCUUACUAUUACUCGUCCUGAUCUGUCAUAUGUCGUCAAUCUCUUGUGCCAGUUUAUGCAUUCUCCGUCUACUGAUCACUGGGCCAUGGUCAAACAUGUGUUGCGGUAUAUCAAAGGCACUCUGGACUAUGGGUUAUGCCUCCGGCCUUCUCCUACUGCUGACAUUCAUGCCUAUUCUGACUCCAACUGGGCUGGGUGUCCGAUUGACAGGAAGAGCACCAGUGGUUAUGCUAUUUUCCUAGGGUCUAAUCUCAUCUCGUGGCUCUCUCGAAAAUACCGUACUGUGGCUCGCUCCUCUACUGAAGCCGAAUAUAAGGCCCUGGCCGAUGUUGCUGCUGAAGUUACUUGGGUUGUCUCUCUGUUACGCGAGCUGGGGUUACAUGCCAUAAGGCAAAAGUUUCCUGUUUCUUGUCUUGAAAUAUGA